UUGGAAGUAGUGGCAAAAAAUUUCUCCGCAUUCCAUGUCUGCCCGGCCUGCACCUUUUCUGGGCUGCGCGCAAAAUGUAAAAACAAACACCUGGGCCUUCAUUCCGGCCCAUUUCAUUUCUCCCUCCCCGCUCACUUUCACUAAUCGUCGAUCCUACCGCGAGCAACGCCAGACUAGGUAUUCUCCGGUGGUUCAGUUACGGGCGGAGCAGCCAAAGGGUUCACGAAACCUCUUCUUCUCCUCCGCCAAAUUCCGAUACAAUAGCCCGCCGCCUAACUCCCAUCAUCUCUACCACGAGUCUGUCGAAGGAAUUUCAACCACGCCGUGGUACGCCGUCGAAGCUAAUUGCUUUAAUUCCCGCAUUUGUAUCUGCUUCGAGCUCCUGCCGCGAAGGGAGGGAAGAUGAACAAGUGAAGCCCCAGUUAUCACACCAAUAUCUGCAAUCGAAUUGAAGUCAUCAUCCCAAUUCCACAAAGAACAGAGAUCGGUCCAGACGUACCAUAGCCAAAGAGGCACGAUGCUUGAUAUUUUGCUCCCUAUUCAUGAAAAUGGAUACAGUUUGCUCGCUUCAUCAUCCGAGGGGUUAACAACAAAAAGCUUUCAACCUUUUCUAUCCAAACCUGCGAUUGAGUUUUGUAUUAGUGAUUAUAUGCUUUGGUUAUGGCAGAAGUAUAGUUUAUAAUGG